GAAAAUAAAAAGCAAACACAGCAGCCAGAAGUCAACGGCGACUACGAAAAGGAGGAGCGUAGAAACAUAAAACAACACAAACAAAACGCAUUUGUGAGCGUGAGUGUGUGUGUGUGUAUGCGUCAGUGCAUGCAUAGCUGCAGCCGAGGAAAUUGCUGGAAACGAUUACGAGAAGCUGCUAGCCCGUGACGCGGAUUAACUCCACAUCUACGCUACACAUCGCACGGCGAUACAAUCGGGAGAUUGGUGGAAGGCGAACCAAGAAGCGCUUCCGAACACACACACAACCGACUGGAAGCAGAACUGGAAGGACGAGCGGACGAGAUAAGCCCCAUCCAGCUCUGUUCUAAUUAAGAAAUUAAAAAGUGUAACGUUGGUUCCGUCAGCGUAAGGCAGAGAGAAAGAAGACGCACGGGCAACUCCAAAACAACCAGUGCAAACGCAUAAACUUCGUUGAAAGACAACAACCUACGAGAGGCAAAACCGGACAAACUGGAGCACCAACCCAGCGCAAGGACGCUAGCCGCAGAACGCAUCUGAACCGUGCUCCGGGUGCUCUAAUCAUUUUUAUUUGUGCUGUAUUAGAUUAGGGCGGGCAGCAGCAACAGUCUCGAGGUGAUUGUUGGGCCAGCCAAGCCAGCGGUCCGGUCGGCUGUUUCUUUAUUUUCUCUCUUCCUGCAUCCAACCGAAGACGAACAAGGACGCGGCUUACUCGUGCUCAGCGUGAACGUGGUACACCUUUCGCCUCCGAUUACCCCGUCCCCCGAAUUUCCAGCCCCCCCACACACACAAACAUAAAAUGGGCAAGCAAAACAGCAAACUGAAGCCGGAGGUGCUGGAGGACCUGAAGCAGAACACAGAAUUCUCAGACGCUGAAAUACAGGAAUGGUACAAAGGGUUCCUGAAAGACUGCCCGAGCGGUCACCUGUCGGUGGAGGAAUUCAAGAAAAUUUACGGCAACUUCUUCCCCUACGGCGACGCCAGCAAGUUUGCCGAGCACGUUUUCCGGACGUUCGACGCCAACGGUGACGGUACGAUCGACUUCCGGGAGUUCCUGUGCGCCCUGAGCGUCACCUCGCGCGGCAAACUGGAGCAGAAGCUGAAGUGGGCGUUCUCGAUGUACGAUCUGGACGGUAACGGAUACAUCUCGCGGCAGGAAAUGCUGGAAAUUGUUACCGCCAUCUACAAAAUGGUGGGCUCCGUGAUGAAGAUGCCCGAGGACGAGAGUACGCCCGAGAAGCGGACGGACAAAAUCUUCCGCCAGAUGGACCGCAACAAGGACGGCAAGCUGAGCCUGGAGGAGUUCAUCGAGGGAGCGAAAAGCGACCCGUCGAUCGUGCGGCUGUUGCAAUGUGAUCCGCAGGCGCAGUGAGCAAUUCCAUGCCGACACUCCUACCACAUCACAACACUGAACACGCUGCAAGCGCUGCGCUGCAUCGGAAGGGCGGCUUGCAACAGACAAACACAAGCGGCACUAACGCAAUAAUCUGCUCCCACAGACACACGAGAACAGUAUCCAGAACACGCACACACGAGAUAGAACAGAAACGAUACAAACACACAUAUUACAAUCUUAUAGAAAAUAUAUAUACAAACAUAAAUAUCUCCCUUUAUUUUCUUUAGACACUCAGACUUAAAGCAUCUAAAGUUGCGAGUUGAUAUGAAACAAACAAACAAACAAACAAACAAAGGCAAGCAUCAUGGUGAACUUGGGAGACGCGUGAAUACUAAUGAAACUUCCUUAAAAUUUAAAUGAAUUUAAAAUUAAUCUUCACAAGUAGUAAUUCUCGACAUCAAACUAUUAUAUUUUCUUGCAAAAAAAAAACAAUUGGAAAGCAAAUGUUUGUAACAAGCAAUGGGAAGAAAAUUAAACAAGUCGACGACAAAAAAAUUGAAUCUUAUUUCCUAUGUUUUCCAAAUCGUAAAUCGUUGAUGGAUGAAAAACUAGCUAAAUAGGAAAACGUAUCGUUUAACAAAAACAAAACAAACUCCCCACAAAAGCAAACCAUUCGACUUUUACGCGAUGGAAGAUGAAUCAACGCUCGAAACAUGUAUAUAAUUGAAUUUUUUUCUAAACAUCUGAUAACGUUCGUUUCUAAUAACGAUCGGUUUCUACAUAGCAUUUAGUUUCGUAAAUUAUUGUAGUUUCUUUUUGCUGUACUUCUUUUCAUUACGAAUAGUUUUUUUAUUCUCAGUCAGCUACAGUUGCGUUGAAAGAUUGUUGACAAACUUUAGAAUGCUUUGAAUCGAUACAAUUUUUGU